AUGGCUGCCUGUGGGCGACGGUUAGUACAGCUCGGAAGGCUCAGUGGCACUGGCUUCUUGGGGUCCCCUUCGGGGUUCCAUCGCGGCUUCUCCCGCAUUGACGGCUACGUCCACUACUAUGGCAAGCUUAAAAAUCACGAGGGCAUGUUGCGAGACUCCGCGCGCAACGAGGCCUACGACGCGGCACUUGCCAGAGCGGCGCCGAAGCUGAGAGGCGCCACGGUCAUGGACAUCGGCACGGGAUCUGGGAUUCUUGCCCUCCUUGCUGCGAAGCACGGUGCCCGCAAGGUCUAUGCAGUCGAGGGCUCGCCGGAGAUUGCACGGGUGGCUUCUCGCCUUGCACGCGCCAAUGGCUACGCAGGGGUCGUGGAGGUCAUUCCCAAGCAUUUGGAGGAUGUGACUGUCGAGGAGGUCGAGCAAGUAGACGUGAUCGUGUCCGAGCUCUUCUCACACUUUCUGGUGGGAGAACUCGGACUGCAGGCUGUGACCCACGCCGUGAAACGCUUUCUGAAGCCCGGAGGCCUGGUUUUGCCGGCCGCAGCUUGGCUGAAGCUUUCGCCCUUCGAGGACCCGAGCUUAGGUGCCGAGCUUCGUGCACGGCAUGGCUUCUGGCAGAACGAUGACUUUAUGGGCUUCGACCUCACCUCGGCGCUGCCUUUGGCUGUAGAGCAGCAGAUGAAGGAGCUGGUCCUUGACAUCGUGGACCCCAAUGAGCUCCUGGUUUCCCCGGCUGACUCGCCGGGCCACUUCUUGGACCUUGCGGGACCAAAGGAUGUGGAGGACUGGCGAAAGAUCGACUUCGAGUUGAAGUUCCCUGAGCGCUCCAAAGAUGCUUUGAUUGAUGGCCUUUGUGGCUGGUGGGACGCGAUCUUCUCUGGGGACGGUAUGGGCGAAGUCGGUGAAGUGCCCGUGCUGUCCACGUCUCCAGCCGCACCCUUGACGGUCUGGGCACACUGCCGCUUCAUGCUCAGCAGACCACUCAAAGCAUCUGCCAUGGACAAACUGAGGGUCCAAUGCCAACUUCGAUCCCACAAGCUCCGGGAGUCCUACACCUUGAGCAUGGAGCUCUGCAACGACACCACGAGGGAGAGAGCCUCCGUCGGCCCGGUGGAGCUGAGCGACGUCUACGCCCGACACUUUGCCAGGCCAAACCCCUUCCCUCUCAAAACGGAGGCUGGCUGA